AUGAGGGACGGCAAGAUGGGAAAAGGCGAUAGAUCGGUGAAUGACACCACAGCUACGCCAUUUCACGUAUGGCUACUGCACCAGUUGGGUGUUCGAGCUAUCGAACCCGAAUUCGUUUUCGGUCUGGAACGUGCCAAUGGUGGACACUCAGCCGGACAUCUACAAGCUAUUCUUGGCGAUGACAACGGGCGUCUGCAGGUGAGCAUUGCCAAGACCAGCCUUGAAGGAACGUCAAAGCAGAUUCUGUUCAAAAAACGUGAGCACUUCUACGGUGGUUUAACGCUGAAGUGCGCACAGAUUGUGGACAACGAAGUUCGGAGUCUCGACUUCAUCUACAACAUCGAUUACCUCAUGAACAGCGAUGACGAAGAUUUCUUUCUCUAUCACCUCGGCUAUGAACAAUACGAGAAGUACCAGGCGGCUUCAUCAGCUCUGCCCUACAAUUACCAGGCGCUCAACAUGAAGGUACAUUCGUAG